UAAAAAUUCACCCUUCUGUUCUCCUUUCUUUCCCUCUCCUUUAAUCAGAUAUAUAUAUGGCGGCGGCGGCGGCGGAGGGGGCGGGGCGCUACCGCGGGGUGCGACGGCGGGGAGGCAAGUGGGUGUCGGAGAUCCGGGAGCCGGGGAAGGCUAACCGCAUAUGGCUAGGCACGUUCGCCUCCGCGGAGAUGGCCGCCGUCGCCUACGACGUGGCGGCGCACGCGCUGCGCGGCGCCGACGCGGUGCUCAACUUCCCGCACGAGAUCGCCGGGCGGCCCGCGCCGGCGUCGGGGUCCCCGACGGCCAUCCGCGCGGCCGCGGCGGAGGCAGCCGCCGCGCUGGGGAGGAGUACUUAUAAGGUCGGCGGCGGUGGAGGCGAGGAGUGGUCGGGAAGCGGGUUCCUGGACGAGGAGGAGGUGUUUGAGAUGCCGCAGCUGUUGGCGAGCAUGGCGGAGGGGAUGCUGAUGAGCCCGCCGAGGAUGAACCCCGUCGCGCUCGACGAGUUGCCGGAGGCAGCCUUCGGUGUCGAGAGUCUGUGGAGCUAUCCAUGAGCUUAUCUAUAUAGAGCUCUAACUAGUAUGAAAUAAGACGGCGCCAUAUAUACGACCGUUGCAUGAGCUCGGUCGCAUAGUAUUUGCAUAUUGUGUGGUAACGUGGUGUAGGUUACACUAUUCGUGUUUAUCAUAGGUACAAAUGGAUUUUACUUGUAUGAUAUAUAUAUUAUGUAUAGAGGGAUAUAUACAUAUACAUAUA